AAUCACAGUUAAAUCAAGAUGGCGGCCGAGGGCGAGUACGAGUCCAUCCUGUGCGUAAAACCCGAUGUCAACGUUUAUCGCAUCCCGCCGCGAGCAUCAAACCGCGCGUACAGGGCAGCUGAUUGGAAGCUGGAUUCUCCAGACUGGUCGGGUCGAAUGAGGGUCACAGCCAAGGGCCAAAUGGCGUUUGUCAAACUGGAAGACAAAGUUUCAGGGGAGCUGUUUGCCCAGGCACCAAUUAAUGAGUACCCCGGUGUUUCAGUGGAGACGGUCAGCGACUCCAGCCGAUAUUUCGUACUGCGCAUACAGGAUGAAAGCGGGCGCAGUGCUUUCAUAGGGGUGGGCUUCGAGGACCGAGGGGACGCUUUUGAUUUCAAUGUGGCUUUACAGGACCAUUUCAAAUGGGUGAAACAGGAGAAUGAAAUCAGUAAAAACGCCCAUCUCGGGGAUUCAGGACCAAAACUGGACUUGGGCUUUAAAGAGGGGCAGACCAUCACCCUCAACAUAGGGCAAGGUAGAAAGAAGGAUAAGCCCCGUCCCCAAAGCUCUGGUGGGUUUGGACUCCUCCCACCACCACCUGGAGGCAAGAUAGCCCCGCCUCCUCUAUCAGGCUCAUCCAAUCACAACAUCGUGCCCCAGACGGGAGACAUGGCAACAGGCUGCUUAUUGGAGCUGGACAGCAGUAACUCUAACACAGUGGUCCAGUCAAAUGCUAGUUCAGAUCUCUGGGGAGAUUUCUCUGCUCCUGCAAGCUCUGUUCCACCUUCAUCGCGACCAGAGAACGUCGGAAACUGGAUCAAGUUUUGACUCGUCACGUCGGUUGUGAUUUCCAUCCCAUCUGUGUCUGUCGCUUCGUGUGCAUCACACUGAGAGUAACUCCCCACACUGAUCCCAAAGCAGAGACGAAAAACUCCACAGAGCUGUAGAAACAACGCCAUUUCGUUCAGAAAGAAUUCUUCAAAUAUUCUUCACAGGAAAUGAAGCAUUAACAUGUUUAAUGCCAUUACAUAAUGAACCAUUUUCCCCAAAAAUAUUUAAGGGCUAUGUGUGACGUCCUGAGUAGCUGGUGUUCCUCUUUUUUGUGUCUGCAUCGACUCUCUGAGCAGGGCUUUGUCUUGAAUCUGGAAUGUUUUGUAACUGCAAAGGCUUCCUCUGAAGAGAAUGAACCAGGUCUUUCUGAAACCGGCUGUGAAUAAUGUACAAAAAGCUGCAAAUCUCAGUUUAAGUGAAGGCAGAAGAGUAAAGACACUGUAAGACAGUGUUUUUACUCUUUUGAAAUUGGCCCUUAGAUCUUUGUUUAUAAGUAUUAUCAUUUCCAAAUGAAAUUAAGAUUUCAUAAAGUCUAUAGAAAGAACAGUUAAGGCCCAUUUCUUUUUCCAAGUUUGCAAUAGUUGUUCAUUAGGACUUUUGGAACAGGGAAUACAGUUAGUAAUACCUAUUCCGAUCCUCACACUGAAUUGUGAUUCAAUAUGGCCAUGAUAACAUCUCAGAACAUCUGUGUUUCAAUGAACUAUUCUAGGUCUAAUUUGUGGUUUCUUUACAUAAUCCUAAUGCUUGUUGAUUUAGGGUACAACUUAAACAUGGUUAUAUUAGCUUUGUGUCAUCGAAAAAUGAAAAUUUCCAAUAAAUGCAGACGCACCAUCUGCUUUAUUAUGCCUUCUGCCAGUAUUUAUUACCACAGGAUCUAGGAAAUAUCUCUAUCUACUGUGUCAGUAAAAUGUCUGCGCCUGCUGAAAGUUGGAUAACAUACUAAUAUAAGACAUCUUCAUAGAAAAUACACCGGGUACAUUCUGCUGUUUAUGUUUACAAUGUAAAAUCCUUUGUGCUUACUACUGGUUGGCUUAUUUUGUUGCAACACUUGUACAUCAGUAGCCAAAUCCAGACAUAUACUUAUUACUGUGUUUUUGCUUAGUUUUAAAAAAGUAUUAAAUAAGCUAAGAAUGGAACAUGCUUUGCAGAAUUUAGCGAUUUGGUGGCAAGAAAUGAAAAUUACUAAAAUAUUUAGAGGCCUUCUUAACCACAAUGAAUGCGUCCGUUUACAAAAUCCACUUGAAUUGAAUAAAUGAAGCAGAGCAGGAAACUAGGACUAAUUAUCAGAAAGUCCUAUUUAGACUUAAAGAUUCCCUGAAGCCAAGACCCAUUAUGGGAUGUUUGGCGAGUAAAUCUCAGCUUCACAAUCAGGCAUUACAUUUUUGCAUUUCUCCUACAUCUCCCCUUUUUUAACAACCAUCACUCUUCAAAGAGAAAACCGGCUAAGGGCAGGUUUAAGAUUGUACCAGUGAUGGUGGAAAGGAAGUGUGUUUUCAAUCUGCUAAGUCAUGUUUAUCAAAUGACCAUGAGGCUUUUUCUAAAAUAGAACAUGUUAAGAGAAUUUUGGUAGUUGCUGCUGCUGAAACAGCCUUUUUCAUGACCUUCAGUACCAAAUACUGAAUGUUUCAUGCAAGUAAGAAUACAUCUUGAAAGUAAAUACAGUUCCAGUUGCAGAAGCAGCUCAAAAUGAGGUUUAGUCUUAGACAAUGGGAGGAAAAUAUUUGGAACUUUAUGAAUUAGUUUGACAUUUCUCAAUACAAUUUUUGCUAUUAUUUCUUAGAGUUAGAUGAGAUGACUGAUAUCCUUCUUGUGCAUUUCAUAUACGGCUUGAGCAAGUGGUUAGAUUAAUUUAGCUGAAAGACAGCAAACCUGUUUAUUUCCUAAAAUGUGAAACUUCUCCUUUACUUUAUUUUGAUACAGAGCAAUUUUACCUAAAGGGAAUGGAUCUACAUGAUUCCGUUAUUCCCAUAUGGCUUAUAUGAAAAAUAAAAUAUGCGAUGUAGAGAUUUUAACAAAUCACAACGCGAUUGUCUUUUUUCAUGUGAAGAAUGUCUAAAUUACAGCAAAUGAUAUGUAGUGUUUGUAAAUCAAAACAGUGUUUACAGGACUUUGACACAAGAAUUGUUGUUAGCAUUUCUCAACUGUUAAUUCAUUUUGUUUGCAAUGAUUUUGAAGGUUCGUUGUGAUCAAAUCCUAUGGACUGUGUUUAAUUAGCAUUCAGAUAUAGAGCUGACUGACAUGAUAUGUUGACAUGUUUGUUGUGUUUACAUUGCUCGUAUUGCUGGCUGAUAUUAAAAAAAGAAGUCUCCCAUCUCUCACUGAUACCACUCUGGCUGUAAAAUCACUGGACUUUGAUUUAUGACCAACUUAACGAGAA